AUGUAUUGGGUGCAGCACAGGGGAGGGAAAACAAGUACUAUCCUACAGAUCUUUAAAAUUAUCUGGAUAUCAGGACACUCAGUCAAUUGGACUUGUCCAAAUUCAUUCUUCAGUAUCUUCAUGUUUUCCGCAGUAAUUCCUAAACAUGAUUAUUCAUGUUGGUUAACUGCUCUUGCACUUGCGAGUGGCAUUUGGUAUUCCUUCAUCAUUGUCGUCCAAUCGAUUGGUUUCUUUCAACUAUUUCGAUAUUAUUCCACUAGACCGAAGAAAGCUUUAUCUCCAAAUCUAAAGCCCGAUGAAGUACCACUGCUGACAGUUCUCCGACCCGUUCAAGGCCUUGAUCCGUAUCUCUAUGACUGCCUACGUGCCUCAUUUCAGCAGGAUUACCCACUGGAUAAGUUGGACAUAUAUCUAUGCAUAGCUUCUAAAUCGGAUCCUGCAAUGCCUGUUCUUCAACGCUUAGUGACCGAAUUUCCGUACGUUAAUGCGAAGAUAUUUAUUGAAGAGGAAGAUAGCUAUCUGGUUGACCAAAAAGACGGCAUUGCGAACACAAGGCUUGGUCCAAAUCCGAAGAUCAGAAACCUUAGCCGAGGAUAUCGUGAAGUCAGAGGUGACAUCGUAUGGAUCCUGGAUUGCAAUGUGUGGACAGGAAGUGACGUUGCUGGUAGGAUGGUCGACAAACUUUGUGGCUACACGGCCAAAGGCGGGAAAUCUAUUCCCUACAAAUUUGUUCACCAAUUGCCACUGGUAAUUAAUGUUGAUUGCACAGGUGUGGACGAGAGGAACCCAGGGUACUCAUUAAUGGGGGCCUGCUCCAAUAUACUUCGUCGACCCGGUCAUAGUUUACAACAACUAUUUUCCCUCAAUAAAUUUGGUGGCAAACUGGAGGAAAUGUUUAUGAGCUCGUCGCACGCUAAAUUCUAUACUGCGAUCAACACGGUAUCAGUAGCCCCCUGUAUCGUCGGCAAGUCAAAUAUGUUUCGCAAGUCACACCUUGACUAUCUCACGGCUGGGGAUUUACAGGGGUUAGAUUACUUUUCGAAGAGUAUUUGUGAAGACCAUUUGAUCGGAGACCUGAUUUGGAGACAGAAAGUAGUUGAAGAGGUAAGAGGACAGAAGUAUCAUCGUCAUGGACUUCUUUUCGGGGACCUUGCUAUCCAACCUAUGGCUGAAAUGUCUUUAACGAAGUACAUCGCAAGACGGGUUCGCUGGCUCCGAGUGCGAAAGUGGACUGUUCCACUAGCAACGAUGAUAGAACCGGGAAUCGAGCCAUUUUUUUGCUCAAUGCACGGAGCCUUUGCAAUAACUCAUCUACCAUGGGUGAGCCAGAACCUUGGUAUUACGCAGACAUGGUAUACAUUCUUAAUAGUGUGGCUUAUUAGCAUCUCCGUAUGGAUGUUGAUUGACGCACUUGUGUACGCUCGCCUACACUCUGGCGCAUCGACUAAGAUUACUUCGGAAACUCCAGUAUUCGCAAGGCCUGCCAGUAAGCCAUCUCUAAAAAAAACGAAAUCGUGGAUAGUAGCAUGGUUAGGGCGUGAGAUACUGGCUCUCCCCAUUUGGAUCUGGGCCUGCCUCUGUGGAGCGACAGUUAACUGGCGAGGAAGACUCUUCCGCGUCAGAAUUGAUAUGACGGUGGUAGAGGUCUUUCCACAAAAUCAAGAGGCUGGUGGGAAUCCGUUAUACAGAAAAAUCACUUAA